CUUGACUGACCAGGUUUACCUUAUGCCCCUUGUGUUGCUCUGCCCUUCCCUUCAUAGCUCUGGGCUUGUUUCAGCAAGCUUCUUUUCUGUGCCUUCCCCAGCUGCUCCUGUUCCAACGCCUACCCAUGAAAUGGAGCUCAGCAGGCGGCAGGACAUAGUCUCGACUGUCCAAGAUCUCCAGUCAUGCAUCCCCCUUUCGAACCAGCUACAGGAUGGCGACAUCAUUUUGUUACUGACGCCUGGGAUCGUGCCCGAGCUGAGCCCUCUAAACCGCAAUCCCGAUGAACCGACCAGAGAUCCUUUUGAACCCCUCGGGAAAGCUCUGGCUAGGCACCACCCCUGGGUUCAUCAUGUCCCGUACCUGCCACGAAACGGGAUUACCGGCACUCACGUCGUGCACAUCAGGCUAGCGGCUGUUGUGAUUUUUGUCAUCUCAGGCCCUCCGCGUCAUGGACAGCAGUCGCAAGUGGCUUUAGCGGAAAUCACUCGAUCCGUCUGCGAGUCCCGGCCUCAAAUCAUCCUGACCUGCUGUGAGCUGCAAGAACUAGGACCUCUCGAAGAAUCCUUCCCCACGAUAUUAGAGGUGCCCAGCUUCGUUCCGUCAGAUUUGGAGGAGGCCGCCGACGUCCUCUUUCAGUCGAAGAGACCUAGUCCCGGGCCGUUGGACAUACGAGACCCGGUAUUGUCGCCGAGAGCCUGGCCCGUCGAGGUAUGGGACGGAAUUCGUGACAUGUCCGAAGUGCUCGACCUGUGGUGUCAGUGUCUUCCGAAAAACUUUCACCUUGGCCGCUACCAGUUCCAGUCAUUGCUCUGCCGCGACGGUUAUGCCAUGCACUAUGUCGUGCGAGAACCGGGGACUUGGCAACUUCUAGGCUUCUGUGCAACCUAUACAACAUAUGCCGACAGCGACGGUGAGCGUCUGUUGGGAUCUCUUGCCGCCCUUCUCGUGCGUCCGUCACACCGCCAGCGGGGCAUUGGCCGGAGCCUACACGACCAUGCUCUGCGCCAGCUCAAGAGGAUACGCGGCGUUUGCCGCCUUCGGCUUGGUAGUACAUUUCCUCGGCUCCUCUACGGGCUCCCGAUCGACUCGCCCUUCGAAGGCUGGUUCCGGCGCCGCGGAUGGCCGAUAACCCUCCCCUCCUCGGCCGUAAGCUCGGAGCAAGAAGCAUGUGACUGGUUUCUCAAAUUCAAGGACUGGCCAGUGACGGGCCCGACGCCGUCCGAGCUCACGUUCCGCCCUUGCAUGUUCUCGGAGUUCGACCUGGUGCUGGAGUUUGUGGACAAGGAGUCGUGUAAGAAGGACAACAUGGGGUGGUACGACCAGUACGCCAAGCUCGCCAAUACGAUGAACAUUCAGGAUAUUGUCCUGGGCCUUGAUGGGGGCACUAUCAUUGCAGUGGCUUUGACUUACGUCAAGAACACCGGGAGCCCGGCGGCCGAAGACCUUCCCUGGGCCAGCACCAUUGCAGACGACGUUGGGGGUGUCACAUGUGUAUGUGUCAGUGAUGAGGUGCCCAAUACGGCAAACAAGCGGGACGCGGUCAUGAUUAGGCUUCUUGACAGUUGCAUCCGCCUGCUCAGCGAGCAAGGGAUGAAUAAGCUGCUCAUUGAUGCCGUCAAAGGAGGAGACGAGGGAUUUCAGUCAAUGGGCUUUCAGAAAUGGGCGAGGUACCGAGACGUUUGGCGGUGUGUUUGAAAACCGGCGGUAUUCCGUUUCUUGGCGCGGACAGGAGGCGAGAUGGGAGCCCAGCUUGGGGGAGCACUGCACCUGCCUCGAGCGGUGCGAAGGCGAGGACCAGCCCGAGCUCAGCAUCUGUUUGCUGGGCUGACGCGAGCGGCCUGCUUUGGAAGCUGUGGUCUCAUGGCUGUCGAACAAAAUUACCAACUGCCGGGCCGACUUCCACACGCAGCGAAGAUCUCCCCGCUCAGCAGAACAACGAACGAAUCGGUUGCCCAGUCAGAUGGCCAAACUCAGCUGUCUGUGCCCAACGUAUUUCUGAGAGAAGCCGAGUGUCACGGCGACCAUGCGGGCAGCGCGGCCGCGCUUCCACGAUAGCCAAGGGCAUCCAAUGUUCUGGCUCAGAACCCCGGCAAGCUCCAGGUCCCCCCGCUUGGCAUGCACUCGAGCAGCAAGGAAGACAAGGAGUUAGCCGCAUUCUCAGGCAAACUCCGCUGCGGUGCUGACCGCAUCGCGUUGUGGACCGCUUCGGGGCUGCCGGACUUCCCCGCUUCUUA